GUGUGUGUGUGUGUGGAGCGCGCACGGUUCCUGUAGGCUACUCAUGACUCGUGAUGGCGCUUCCGCGGUUGCUGCUGCUGCUUGAGCUCGCGCUCCAUGCCUGCUGCUUCAUCUGCGGAAUUAUCACCGCCGCCUCCGUCACUCUCUCUCAGGGUGAUUUUUCAGGCAAGUGUUUGCUGUACGGCUCUGUGCACUUCAACGUUUCAGAAAUUGACAUAGUCUGGUCCAGCGCUCCUUCUCUCUGUUACUUCGUGUCAGGCAUCUCUGUGUGCGUAGCCGUCUUCUGCUUCUCCACCACCCUCUACUGGGUCUAUUCGAGCUGUGUGGAUGGAGAUGUCAAUAGAGAGAGAAUAUGGAUGACUUUCUCAUUGCUUGUAAGCGGAGUCUUCCUCUUCUUCCUCCUGGUGACCGGAUGCAUCCUAAGAGUGGGUCGAAACACACUUUGUGAAUCCGUGGUCAAGGAAGUGCCCAAUAUAUCCAGCUGUGAUCAGGCCCAGAGCAAGACAUGGAAAAGCCCUUUGACUGGGUCUAGUUUCUACUCCAAACUACACAGUGCUGAGACGGCAGUGUGGGUGAAUUUCUUCUGCUGGAUAAUAGUAGUUGUUCUGGUGGUGGUCCAGCGUAGAUGGGGCUCUGACUACAGCACUCGUGUAGAGGAUCCCGGAGCCAGUCCUUCUGAAACAGAACCCUUCUUCAAACGGCCAGAACACCCCAACUGAACACACACAAGAUGGCACAGGCACUGUGGCAUGCACACAUUAAACACACAAUGAGCCAAUCACAGAUUGAGAUAAACACACAGACACACACACAGAUGCAGGCACAGUACUAGUUUUGGCUACCUCGGUCAGUGGUCGUGGUUUUGCUCCCCAGUGAUAUGGAGGCCUUGUUGCCAUGGCUACUGACCAGCAAUUGGCAGCAGUAGCUUGGCAGCUAAAAGAGUGAGGUUGCCAGAUUGGUCUUACUGAUUCAUAUUGAUCUAAAUGCAAAUUAAAAUUCACAAAUCUGACUAGAUUGAUGAGUACAAUUCCUUAUAUAAAUGGAUAAUUUUUGUGUGACCUGCUGGUUUCAAGUUCUGAUAAAAGCUUUGGCAUGUGUUAAAAUUCCAGAAGCAUUCUUGUGUGGUAGUAUUAUAGUGUAAGUAAAUGGAAAACAUAGUGGAACAAAUAAGUGCCUUGAGACUUAGAUUUUAUUAUAUGUGUUUUACAGUGCUGAAAGUUUAAAACUUUAUUGGUAUCCUUUGUGUGUUUAUACAACAUUAGCUCCACCUGCUGUCAGUUUUUAUUAGUUCUUAUAAUGCUUGUCCAGAUGUUCAACACAAGUUUUUUUUUGUACUAUAUUUUUGCUGUCACAGAAUUUUACCUAGAGUCUUCCUUGGUUUCAGAUGUUUCAGGUUUAAUGAUGCUGUUAAUGUGAAAAUUUAAUUUUUGUGAUAUAUUCACACCGUAUAUAACUUGGAAAUGUGUUUAUUAUAUACAGUGCCAUCCAUUAAUAUUGGUACCUUUGGUAAAUAUGAGCAAAGAAGGCUGUGAAAAAAUCUCUAUUGUUUAACCUUUUGAUCUUUUGUUCAAGAAAUUCACAAAAAAUACUCUGCUCUCAUGUAUAUCAAACAUUUGCAAACACAACAUAGGUUUAUAAAAAACAUCUUUGUCAAAUAUAGGUGUGCAACAAUUUUUGGCACCCUUUUACUUUUGCCAAGAUAACAGCUUUGAGUCUUUCCUCCAUACAGAAUCUCACCAGAUCCUUCAAAUUUCGAGGUCCACACUGGUGGACUCUCCUCUUCAGUUCACCCCACAGGUUUUCUAUGGGUUUCAAGUCAGGGGACUGGGAUGGUCAUGGCAGGACCUUGAUUUUGUGGUCAGUAAACCAUUUUUGUGUUAAUUUUGAUGUAUAUUUUGAAUCAUUUUCCUGCUGGAAGAUCCAACCAUGACCCAUUUUAAACUUUCUGGCAGAGGCAGUCAGGUUUUCAUUUAAUAUCUGUUCAUAUUUGAGUCCAUGGUGCCAUGUAUCCUAACAAAAUGUCCAGGUCCUCUGGCAGAAAAACAGCCCCAAAACAUUAAAGAGCCAUCACCAUAUUUAACCGUGGGCAUGAGGUACUUUUCCAUAUGGCUACCUCUCUGUGUGUUCCAAAACCACUCGAUAAAAAAACCCCCAACUCUAUCCCAUUUGAAGUUCUGGUAGUGUCUGGCAAACUGAAGAUGCUUGAGUUUGUUUUUGGAUGAGAGUAGAGGCUUUUUUCUUGAAACCCUUCCAAACAACUUGUGGUGAUGUAGGUGACUACGGAUUGUAGUUUUGGAGACUUUCUGACCCCAAAAUGCAACUAACUUCUGCAAUUCUCCAGCUGUGAUUUUUUUUUGGCCAUCCUCUUCACAGUGCGCUGAGACAUUAUAGACACACGUCCAAUUCCGGGUUGAUUCAUAACAUUUCCAGAUGACUGGAACUUAUUAAUUAUUGCUCUGAUGGUGGAAAUGGGCAUUUUCAAUGCUUGUGCUAUUUUCUUAUAGCCACUUCCCAUUUUGUGAAGCUCAACAACCUUUUGCCGCACAUCACACCUAUAUUCCUUGGUCUUACCCAUUGUUAUGAAUGACUAAGGGAUUUUGGCCUAUGUGUUACCUCAUAUUCAUACCCCUGUGAAACAUGGAAGUCAUGGUUGAACAAUUUCCUGUUCCUAGUCACUCAGGUGUACUAAAAAAUGAUACUAACAUAUCAAUGGGAAUAUGGUUCAAAUAUAUUUUUCUCAUAUGAAUUCAUAGGGGUGCAAAUAAUUGCUGCACACCUACAUUUAACAAAGAUAUUUGUUUGAUAAACCUAUGUUGUGUUUGCAAUUGUUUGAUAUCCAUGAGAGUAUUUUUGUGAAUUGUUUUUAACAAAAGAUCAAAAGGUUAAACAAUAAAGACAAUUUUUCACAGCCUUCUUUGCUCAUAUUUACCAAGGGUGCCAAUAUUAGUGGAGGACACUGUAAUUGUGAAAAAGCACACAGUGUGUUGGUGGGGACAUAAAUCUAUCCAUGGGGUUAUGAUAAGACUUGCAUGCUGGUUGCCAAAACCAUGUCACUGCCCACAGCACUAAAUUAAUCAAUUACAAUGGCUUUCCUGCUUUGCCCACACAUAACGACAAGAUGUUUUAUUGGUUUAUUACCAUAGAACUAAUAUAGUCCUCUUUGUGAUCAUUGUUUUUAUCUGUCCAGAUGUAUUCUGCACCAUUCUGAACCAUGUGAAAAUUGGUUCUUGCCUUUUUUGUUUUAUUAUUAUUAUUUUUUUAUCUGUAAAAUUUAUUGGACACCAUCGUGCAUGGGAUAUCAUCUGGAUAUUGCUGUAUUAGUUUUCCAUCAUGUAUUUUUUAUUAAAUGAAAAGAUAAAAAUG